GUCUGUAAAGUCUCCGCGCGACGCGAAGUAAUCACAUCAUCCUCUCCGUCCUUCCUUCCCCAACCCAACCCCCGGACCAGAGCAAGAGAGAGAUUUCCCCCGAUUCGAUCCGAUCAGAUCCGAGAUCUCCAUCCCUGAUGGCGUCCCGGAGCUGCACCUUCCUGGAGAUCCUGCUCGCCAUCAUCCUGCCGCCGCUUGGUGUCUUCCUCCACUACGGCUGCUGCAGCAUGGAGUUCUGCAUCUGCCUGCUGCUCACCAUCCUGGGCUACAUCCCCGGCAUCAUCUACGCGGUCUACGUGCUUGUCGCGCUCGGCUCGGAGGAGCGGGAUCGGGACUACGACACCCUUGCUUAAUAAUCCUGCAGCAACUCGUAUUGUGUGAUGAACCUCUCGCCUGGUAGUUGCGAAUCGACGUCGUGUGUUCCCAUCUGGACUGUGUAGCGUGCCUUCUUUCUGUCAGCCUGUAAAUGCUUAAACCAUCCUCCCCUUCGCUUUCGCCGUCCUGUAAUUCUGAUACAACCGAAUAUAUUUCAGCAGCUCCGAAGAUUUAUGCCAGUGGUUUACGUGAGCAGGGCUAUGAACAGGAGUUACGAUCCUAGGAAUUCCUGCCA